CGGGCGGCCCAGGGCACAUGGCCCUGCCGGCGGGGAGCGAGGCUUGGCCAUAGCGUCAGGCCCUGGCCUUGUUUGUAUGAGGUGCAUGUUGGUCCCGGGGACACCCGUUCCAGGGAGACCGUUCUAACGGUGCAGGCACGACUGGCGUGGUUUUAACGGGAUUGUCUUGAAUUCUCCUAGGUUCAAGAGUUGCUAGAAAAGGCAUCAGACUCUAGAAUUCUGUCGUCUUGUCCAGAGAUUAAAUGGCAUUUUAUUGGCCACCUGCAGAAAAAUAACGUCAACAAGUUGAUCGCUGUCCCCAACCUGUUCAUGUUGGAAACGGUGGAUUCUGUGAAACUGGCAGACAGAGUCAACAGCUCAUGGCAGAAAAAAGGGUCGUCUCAGAAGCUGAAGGUCAUGGUGCAAGUUAACACAAGUGGAGAAGACAGUAAGCACGGCCUUCCUCCCGGAGACACCACGGCUGCUGUGGAGCACGUCAUCAACAAGUGUCCAAGCCUGGAAUUUGUGGGGCUGAUGACGAUCGGCAGUAUUGGGCAUGACCUUAGUAAGGGGCCAAAUCCUGACUUCCAGAUGCUGCUGUCUUUGCGGCAGGAAGUGUGUGAAAAGCUGAAUCUCCCCGUUGAGAAGGUGGAGCUGAGCAUGGGCAUGUCCACAGACUUCCAGCACGCAAUAGAGGUUGGAUCCACAAACGUCAGGAUUGGAAGCACUAUUUUUGGAGAGCGAGAUUAUUCCAACAAAGCAGUCGGUGGCAAGGCCCCUGCUGAAACUACAGGCAAAACGGAGACCUUGACAGUGCAGGGUCAUUAGAUGGAGGAAAAAAAAAAAGCAGCCUCAACAGAGGACAGAUGAUGGGCGACCUCACUAUGCAUUCUUACCUCCCUCCGUGUCGGCACCCGAUCGUGAUGGUGAGAGGGGAUUCCUCGUAACAGAACAGAGGCCAGAAAUGCCUCAUAAUUUAUUGUGAUUAUAUAGAGUACCCAUAGAAACUGGAAAUUUUUAUAACCAACAAAUGGUAAGAGAAUUGGUGGCUGAAAGCAAGCGUGGUAUCCUGGCUCCUUCAGGGUCGUUAAGAACAGUGACUUGUGGAUGACUAGGCUGCAUAAAUUAAACACUUGUCAGGAUGGAGUUGCUAAUGAGCAAGAUGUAUCUGCAGUGGUGUCGGUGAUUAUGUUUUCACCAAGGACUAAAUUCUUCAUUAAACAAGUUAUAAUCUUGCCAGAGACCUGUAAGCGUUUCCCCAAAUAAAAGUUCUUCACGCGGUCACUGCUGAGGGGUGCUUACGUAGAAACUGUGAUAGAGGCACAUGGUGGCACUGGAGAGACACUGUCUGUGGAAACAGGGGACGAGUAACAAGCAGGCGAGGAUGGGUAAGGAGCGCAGUUGCCAGCAGGAGCUCAUGGCGUAAUGUUUUGGAUGCAGAUUGCGAGGGUGGGGGUGGCUUUUUGGCUGAAGCUGAUGUUUGGCCUUUUCAGGCUGACACUGCUAACUUUUCCCAUUGGUUCCGUGUCUGCUCAGAUCUUCUGGGAUGCUUUUGACCUUCCCCUUCCCCUCUUGUGAAGUGUCAUUGGGAAUUAUUUUCAUCCUGUGUAGUAGUUCUUGACGCUGUAAGUUCUUUUUGGUCAGAAUGGGGCUUUUCUGCAAGGUCUACCAUCAGCUUGCUGUCGCUUUCCAAGGCAAGUCGCUUCACCGUUCGGUGCCUCCACCGUCCCGUCUGCAUCUGUAUGAGGAUAAUAACGCUCGCUUGUCUCGCAGGGCAGCAGUGAGGUUUGCUACAGGCCCUUUGGGAAAAGUACUUCAGAAAGUCAGGUAGCGUUCUUCCUAGUGGUCUAGGUUCCUGAGAAAAAAAACCCAACCGCCCCUGACAGAGCUUCUAGGUGAUGUCUGAAUAUCUUAAGCGCUAGUCUAGCCUUCCCUUCUCCUGGAAGAGGGAAACCACUCCUUCCCUGCAGGAAUGGUUUAAUUCAGAUGUGAGCAGCAGCUCCUGCGUGGCCACGUGCAAUUUGGCCAAUGCUAGCUACGGCCAAGUCUCUCUCGUAACCUGCGUUACAACUACAUUUUGGGGCUUUUGUGUGCUGCUAAGAGGAGGAGACCAUAGGUUGCCAGCAGAAACAUCUUUCCCAGGCUUUUCUCUGUGUGCGUGUGGUUAAAUCUAGCUGUUGGUUUUACUCUCUGACUAUAAAAGCUGAAUGUAAAUGAAAAGAGUCGACUCUAGCACCAACCUGUCAUAGCUACGUGGUUUAGAAGCAACAUGCAGUCUGAGCUGCCCUCCUCGGCACUGCGCCAUGUGUUGUUUCGUAGUCCAUUAAUAAAAAGUGGUGAAUUUUAA